GGGCCCUGGACGCCCGGGUCCCCCCAUCCCGGUCGUGCGUAGGGGACACGACCAGUUCCCGUCGGAGCGCCGAAGCGGGAAGGAGACGGGAGGAGCCUGAGGCGCCGGAGCACCCCCAGCCAUCGCCUGUGUCCCCCCCCCGCGACUCCAGUGACCCCCCCCGGAGGAGGGGACCCCCCUCAUCCCCUCCAUGGAGGAGCACCCGGAGCUGGUGGAGCUGGAGACGCCGCCCGAGGCCGGGGUGACGGGCAUCGCCGUGGCCCGUGACCGCCACGGCCUCUACAUCGCCAAGGCGCCCAAAUCCCCGCGCAUCCACCAAGGCGACCGGCUCCUCAGCGCCAGGGUUUUCUUCGAGGGGGCCCCCCCCGAGGACGUCGUGCGGGUGCUGGAGGGUGCCAGGUCCUGCAAGGUCUCGCUCUGCCUCCGGCGUCGGACGCCCGGCGCCCGCAUCCCCCCCGGCGGCACCGGCACCGGCGGCGAGGGACAGCAGGGGAAGGUGGCCAGGCUGAGCAUCCCGAUCCUGACACCCCCCAAGAAGCCGCUGUCGGCACCCGGCGCAGCGAGCGCGGCACCCGCCAGCGCCGUGGCCGUGGAGUUAGCCCUCCCCAAGCUCCCCAAGCUGGUGAAGAGCCACAGCGCGGCUGAACCAGCACCGACUGCCACAUCCACCGCAGUGCCGCCGGCGGCGGAGUCCAAGCGACCGCGUGCGACUCCGUCCCGGUUAACGGUGAAGGAAGCGGCGGCUGGAAAAACACCGUCCAUGGAGGAGCCGCCAGUGAAACCGGAGGUUCCCGGCAUUGCCGCCGAGGUGCCAGCGGGUACCGGCACCCGGUUACCAGCCAUGGAGGUGGCAGCACCCAAAUUUACCGUGGGGCUGAGCCUCACCGGCGCGGCACCACCAACCGCCCCUCAAGCCAAGGAGCCGGCAUUGCGGCUGCCGCGGUUGGAGGUGGCCGUGCCGGCGUUGCCGCUGCCGGCGGUGAUGCAGGAGCCCAGCACAACCGUAAACCAACGCCAAAUCAAGCUGGGGGAGGGAGACACCCCCGGCAGCAGCCAUAAGCGUGAGGGGAGCCCCGUGCUGAAAACCAAGCUGCCAAAUUUCGGCACGGCCCCGGGGAAGGAUGAGGAGGGGGACGCCGGCACGCGAGGGGGGUUCGCCGGCAUCCGUGUCCCCUCCAUCACCAUCGCGGUCCCCAGCGCCACCGUGGAGCUGGUCCCUGAGCUCAGCGUGCCCAAACCAGAGCUGGCCAUCGCCAGCGGGCAACCGCGGUUGGAGGUGAAGCUGCCGGCACGGCGGUCAGAGUCACCGCCGGCAGCACCGGCUCGGUUGACCUUCCCGGCGCCGGCGGUGCCGUCCAUUGAUAUCGCCGUGCCACGCGUCGAUGUGGGUUUGGCAUUGCCAGCAGGUGCCAGUGCUGCGGCGGCGCUGGAUGAGGGGGAUGCCGCGGUGAUGCCGGACGUGGCGGCCAGGUUUGCCAAAGGGCUCCGAAAGCUCAGCCUGGAGCUGGAGCCCACGGCACCACUGCCAGCGGUGGAAAUCGCCACCCCGGCACGGCUCACCGGGGACGUGCCGGCAACCGGCGCCAAACCCAAACCCCCCAAAUUCACCCUGCCACGAUUUGGGUUGUCCCUCGCCAAGCUCAAAAUGGGCGGCGACGGCAACGGGCAUUCCCCGGUGUCCCGCGGCGCAGCUGCACCAGCACCACCCGGUAUUGCUGUCACCGGUCCCGCGGUGGCCUUAGACCUGGCUUUGGGGACAGUUGGUGCCGCCGGUGCCAAGCUGAAGGUCCCCAAAUUAUCCCUGGCACCUUUCGGUGUCAAGGAUGGGGACAAGGGUGCCGGCGGUGAGGAGGGUCCCCAGGAUGCCGGCACAGUGAUGAAGCUGCCACAGGUGGGAAUCGGGGGGCUGGGGGGGGACGAUAGGUCGUCGGUGGAACCGGGGUCCCCCAGGACCCCCCGGCUUCGGGUACCGCAGGUGGGCAUCGCCCUGCCAGCGACAGGCAGCCGGCGCGUGCCGUCGUUGCCUAAACUCCCCGCUGGGCCGGAGCUGGGUGGAGGGGUGAAGUUGCCAAAAUUUGGGGGAUCCAGCCCCGAUAUCCGCAUCGGUGGGGACCCCAAAAUGAUGAGACGCGGGGGAAGCGCCGAGAGCUUGAGCAUUGGCACGGCAGGAAGGAAGGUGCCAGAGUCUCCCGGCACGAUCUGGUUGAAGCUGAAAACCAAGGGGGCGAUGGGUGAUGAGGGGGCGCAACCGUUGACCCCCCGGUUCACCAUCCCCGCCGUGGGCUUCACUGUGCUGGGAAAAGAACCGGAGGAUCCAAGAAGUGGGAAGAUACCGAAACCCACCGGUGUGUCAGCAUUGAAGGUGCCGGUGUUGGAGUUGGCACCGCCAGGGAUGGAUGGGAUGGAGGAGACCACCAGGAAGGAUACGGCACCGGGACGCCAGUCUAGGGUCAAAUUGCCAAAAUUCGGCACAGGUUUUGCCGGGAGCGGGUUGGAAGGCGAGGGGAGGAUGAGGAUGGGCAGUGUGAAGAAGGCGGUGUUGGUGUUGGUGAAGCCGAAGGAGAAAGGAGAAGACACCCGGGUGGUGGACCCCCAUCCCCACGUCAACGGGGAAGCGGAGGGCAAGGCCCGGCGCCGGCGCUGGGUGCCCAGGGUGGGUUUCUCCCCUGGGGGGUCCCCGCCGGAGCCCCCCAUCACCCAACCCAAGGGGGGGAAGAUGCGGUUACCCAACGUCGAGCUCUCCCCCGGGGACCCUGAAUUUAACCAACGGCCGGUGACGAUGGAAGUCACCCCGCGCUUCAAUCUGGGGGGUUUUGGGGGUGAGGGGACCCCUAAAUUUCAGCUGCCUAAGCUGGCGCUGAGCCCCCAACCCUGCGGUGAGCAGUGA